AUGGCCGCCGAAGACAAACCUUCUGCUCAGCCGAGCGGUAACGCCCCCUUCUCUAACACCACAGAGAAGCAGACUGCCGAGCAGGUCAACCAGGAACCGUCAAUUGUCGAGGCCAACUAUGGAGAAGGGAAGGGAGAGUUGCUCCCUUCUCCCGAAGAGCAAAUCGAUGCUUUAGGUAUCCCUAAUUGGAGAGAACUGGAGAAGCAAGUUGUCAAGCGCCUAGAUAUGACCUUGAUGCCAUGCCUCUGGGUUCUCUACCUCUUCAACUAUUUGGAUCGCGCCUCCAUUGCACAAGCUCGUCUCAGCACUUUGGAUGAGGAUCUCGGCCUAGAAGGUUACCAAUUUGGCACUGCUGUUUCAAUCCUCAGCGUGGGUUAUGUCCUAGGCCAAAUUCCUUCCAACAUGAUCAUCGGAAAGGUGCGACCCAGUUUGUAUCUGUGCUGCAUGGCCUUGGUGUGGUCCGGCGUAUCAGCUGCUACGUGCGGCGUGAACAAUUAUCAAGGUCUCAUCGCAGUGAGAUUCUUUCUUGGUGUGGUUGAAGCACCCCUGUUUCCAGGCGCAAUUUAUGUCAUGUCCUGCUGGUAUACGCGCAAGGAAAUGGCUCUCCGAUGCGCGCUUCUUUACACAGGACAGACUCUCGCUUUCUGUACAGCGGGUCUCAUUGCUGCAGCUGUCUUUGGAACACUGGAGGGGUCUUAUGGCCUGGCUGGAUGGCAGUGGUUGUUCAUUGUGUUGGCCUGCACAGGUGCAGGUCUUGCCAUGAUUGCUCUCUUUAUCCUUCCCGACUACCCUGACUCCACCACCGGUAGUGCUCGUUGGUCCAUGACUGAAGAUAUGCGCAAAGUCGCUGCGGCCCGCAUCUUGGCCGACCGUGUGUCCACCGCCGAGGCCAAGGCUGGUGUCUGGGAAGGAUUGAAGAUGAGCGUCUUCGACUACAAGAUGUGGCUGCUCGUUGGCAUGAACAUUGGUAUCUCUGCGGCGUAUGGGUUUUCCAAUUUCUUCCCGUCCAUCGUUCGUGGUUUUGGGUACAACAACACCAUAACUCUUGUCCUGACAGCGCCUCCUUACAUCUUUGCCGCCAUCGGAUCUUUGGUAAAUGCCUGGCAUUCUGACAAGACGAAGGAGCGAGGAUACCACUUUGCGGGACCCAUCGCUUUCGGUUGUAUCGGCUACAUCAUCUGCUUGGCUACUGAGAAUCGCAACGCACGCUAUGGUGCCUCCUUCAUCUAUGUUGGAGGCAUGUACUUUGCCAAUCCUCUCAUCAGCACCUGGACCUCCAACACUAUGGGCAGAACGCCUGAGAAGCGUGCAAUCUCUGUUGCGCUAGUCAAUGUUCUCGGCCAGAUCGGCAAUCUCAUUGCUCCUUACUUCUUCGAAGAUUCAGACGAGCCACGCUACCGUCUGGCUUUCAUCAUGAUGAUGGUGAUGGGCUUAAUUGCCUGUGCCAGCGCUAUGGGGCUGAAGUUCUACCUUUAUCAAUCAAACAAGAAGUUGUACCGCACAGCAGUCCGCAAUGGAACGGUAUACCAGCCGUACGUUAUGUAA